AAGGUGUUCUUCUAAUGAGCGAGAAUAAAAAAAUACCAGUGCUACUUCUAACGACCAUGUGUUAAAUCAGUAGAAAACAAAAUAAAAAUGAACAAUAUCGCAAAAUAAAACAGAUUUGUGAGAAUUCUUUUUGGUGGUUACAGUUACAAUAUGAAGUUUCUAAAAAAGGUAUUACAUAUAAAGGCUCGUAAAAAAGAAGAAGAACAAUAUUGCUGUCAGAUACCAAGAGCUAGAAUAAGAUACAGAUACGGAGCUAACUGGAAUUCAUGCAUAAAUAAUAUUAGCCUGAGCGUCAACAUAAACGGUCCUUCCAAAAGCUCCAGGCACCGCCUCCCAGCUGUCAUACAAACUGCAGAUAGGCCGGCUGCUGUCACGCAAAAAGAAAGACGAAAAACACGCGAAACAUCCAAGAAAAAGCACAUACAGAGUAGCUUGGAAGACGUCUCGUUAAAUAAACAUUCCGGAUUAAGUGGAGUAGACAUCAGUAACGAUCAGAGCUUUCCACUUCGACGAUGUCAGAGUCUCGCGGUUUCCCGAGAAGAUUCUGAUGAUUUAUACGGAAACUUAAAAAGCUUACCGAGUACUGAUCCCGGACGCCCACGAAGGUCCCAGCUUAUACCACGGGCACGUUUAAUAGAUAGAACAACUGGACGUCCGGGCAAUGAUAAAGGUUACCAGUUUAGAAACAGCUACGACAAUAUAUCAUCCAUCAAACCAAAACUAGCGAGCAGAACCUCAAGUUUCCCAGUCGAUAUUGACGUAAUUGAUUCGCCGUCUCGUUAUCACAACGGCAACUUGGAAGAGGAGCUAUUUUACAGUUUAAAUCACCUGACGACAGAUUCUCACCGCGAGUCGGAGAGUUUGGAUUCAAAUUUUUACAACAAAUCUUCUUCAUACAGCACAUGUCAAUUAUCUCACGAUAACACUCCCAACAAAGACUUUGGACUGAAUUUACCAAACUAUUACCCCAACAACAGUUCAGAUCAUUCCUGCUUAGAAGACGCUUCAGUCACUGAAAGAGAGGAAGAAUUCGAAGACACAGCAGACUUAGCUAAUGAAAAAAGUUCUAUCGAAAACAAAACUCCAAAAGGCCAAAGUCCAGUUUUAAGAAGAAAAUUGAAAAGCUUUACAUCUAUCGAGGAUAUUGUUUAUGACGAUAACAUACAUUUUGGUAAGAGUUCAGCAUUUGAUAAUAAACCUCGGAGAUUCCGGGACUUCAUACCGUCAUACCAGGACGGAAGAGACUGCUUUACUGGAAGACCACGAAGCUUCCCAAACGAAUAUUUGAGUUAUGUAAUAGACAUAGACAUUCCCGAACAAAGAGAAUCUUCCGAAAAAGAAAAAUCUACGAGUGACUACAACGGUUACAUUGAAUUGGACAAAAAUAUCGACGAGAUCGACUUAAAUUGCGACCACAUUUCAAAGGGGCUGAAUCAUAGGCAACAGCAAACGGAAUCUCAGAGGACCAAUUCCGAAAAUUCGACGUACACCGACCUACCGCUCGUUGAAACUAAUCCGAUUUACGACGAACUUCCUAUUCAAUCUUGCACAGUAUCUGAACCAAAAAAUUCGAUUAAGUUACCCGAAAGUAAUACAAAUACAUUUGAACAGGUGAACGGGUCUGCUUCUUCCCCGGUAUUAACGAAAUUAAAAAACGAUUCUGAUUCCUCGGUAAUAAAUCUCGAAAAGGGCGAAAUUGGAGAUAAGCAGACAGCGAAAGUUUGCGAUCCUAUUAAAACCCGCAUUAAAGUUGAAGCCAGUGACGAGGUCGAUAACGAAGCGUACAAGACCAUAGUACAAGUCGACGAUAAAUUAGAGAAUCAAAGUCAAAACGAAACCCCCAAAGCCACCAAAGAAGUCCACAAAACACCCAGAAAGCCGUUGCAAACAUUCAUAUCGAGAAAACUCUCAAGUGCCUUCGGCGAUUUCAACAUCAGAAGGGAAAAUAAACAUAAGCACAAAUCCAGUCUUCAACAGAACCAAUAUCAUUCAUUACCUGACCUAUCCGUCGGCGAAAAUUUGAGAAAGUGUGAAAAAAUUGACCGCAAACUUCGCAAGUGCGAAAAACUAGCAAUCCCUAAAAACCCUUAUUCUAACGAUAGAUUUAUCGUCAACAUCGGCCCUCACUUCGUUGUCAAUCAAGCACCACCAGUCGAUUUCGAAGUAAAAAUUACCAAAGUUACUAAACAAAACAAAUCGAAAAAACAUCGAAAACAAAAUCAGGUCAACGAUCAAGAGCAAGAAUCCUUCUUGAAGGCGGUUAAGCAACUCAACCAAACACUCAGCGUAAACAGUUCCAAUCCAGAAUCGGAUAAGCCAGUUCCAGAUAUUCAAACAGGAAAGUGUACCGAACGUGACAAAAGAAUUCAAAUCGAUUCUGGCGAUAAAAAUAACAACGAACGAAAGCCCGCAACUAAGUCGAAAAAGCGUAAACAUCAAAAGCGCGAAAUCAUUGAAAGGAAAUUGGAUAAACUGAAAAACGAACCGCUUCCUCAGAUAGCUGAAGCAAUAGAACUGAAAGACGUCGAAAAAACCAUGAAAGAAAUAAAAAGGGAAAAUUCCCAAACGGAUACAAUAGAUUCCAUGCGCAACUGCAGCCCUGAACUAAUAGAAAAGGUGGGAACAAUGAGAAAACAUUGGAAAAAACUUUCAAACGAACCGACACAACCCGAAGAUGAAGAAAAUGUUACAGAAACUGAACCAAAGUCAAAAUUUGAUGAAGAAAUCCAAACAAAAGUCGAAGACGUGAUUAAAAAGUUCGAACCGAAGAAGGAACGAGUUGUAGAAAGGCAAGUCAGCAUGGUCCAGGCCACGAAGCAAUUGUUCGAGCCAAAAGUAACUCCAACAAAGGUCGAAAAAAUAUCACCGUUGAUAAAGGAAACACUAGCGGUUUUCGAAAAACCCGUUACCAGAAAAAACAGAUUUUCAGAUAGCUCAAAUCAGUUCGAAAGCCUUAGUCCUUUUUCCGUUGACAUAAUAGAAACCAGAAACGAAAAAAAAGCUGAAAGUUGCUCUUCGGGAAGAAUUAGCAGUUGCGACAGUAUCACAAGCGACUACAGCAGGAGCCAAGAGGAUCUAUCAGAAAAAUCACUACAAACGUCACCACAAAAGCUGAAACAAACCGAGGAUCCCGAGUUCGACAGGGUUCGUUUUCGGGUUAUGAAAUCGGAAUUAUUUCAAAAAAACAUAUUCGCAAAUUGUGAAAAAGAAUCCCAGUUCGAAGGACUGAUGCAAUACCUUCAAGAUUACAGCUUUCACGACAUGCUAACAGAUAAUCACAUCGUGAUAAUAGAGCCGAUAAGGACAACGGUACCUUUCCCGAACGAAAACUCGAGCACCACCAAAAACGUGACUCCGUUAUUGCACAAAGCCAACUUCUCAAAAUCCCAAUCAGGAGGACUACGUCACCAUUUCUUUUACCAUCCGAUUAGGGUAAACAAAGAAAUGAACGAAAACGAGUUACCCAAUCCGGAUACCGUCAAACAAGCCAGACAAAUGUUUGAGAAAUGCCUGAAGAAAUCUCGCAGCUACGAGGAAUUGAAUAACAAAACAAAUCUUAAAAAAUCGCUCACGGAUCCUGACAAAGACAACUGUUCGAUUGAAGACAACUGUAACACGUCCGAUUUCGGCAGCACAGACGAACUUUACGACGACCUUUGUUGCGAAUAUCAGUACGUGAGCGAAGACGUGUUAAAGAAAAUACGUGAAUGCGGCACGUCUGUAACCUACUACGGCGGAAAAGUUCUUGACAAGGGUAACGAAGCGUUCAAUCCGAUGACGAAGGUAAUCAUGGAAGAAAUACGCGGACUCAAGAAAAGGGAAUGUACAUGCCGUCGUAUUUCCAUCGAUCGCGAAACGCUGCAGAAAGAGAACAACAAUCGGUAUGCACAUUCCGACAGGAUCCUGCUGCAGAGAAAGCAGCAGCAGCAGCAGCAACAGCAGAGGGACAAGAAGGAGAAUGACAAAAACGAAUUCACGAAUCAAGCUUUUAAGCUCACCUUGCUGAAAUCGAAUAGCUGUAGCAGCCGUCUGGAACUGAUCGGUACGAAAAUAGUCCAGGACAACGGAUCGCCUUCGAACUAUUCGUCCUUUUCCAAAGUCGACUUCGGACUCGGCGAAACCGAGGAGCCACUUCAUAUAUUAUCCGUCAAGGACAUAAUUAAUGAGUCAAUUAAGCGACAGGAUAAGAGCGAGAAAAUCGACUCGCCGAAGAUCAUAGCGGAAAAGUGGAAAUGUCCCAACGACAAGCUUAAUAAAUCAAACGAAAAUUUGUCGUGCAAGUCGAAUCCGUCUACUACAACGAAAUUCGCCGAGUACCACGGAUUCGCGAAUAAAACAAACGAGGCGUUAAAGAAAAGGGAGGAUAUCGAAUUUGAACCUUAUGAGAUUGCUUCAAGUAAUUAAUUAAUUAACUUCACUUGUUUUUUCUUUAGUCUCAAAACUUUAAGACUGUCUUCGCAUAGGUGCAAUAAUACACCAUCGACAUAACAAGUUUACCAAUGCUUUACAUUAAAAAACUUAAGUAAAAUUAUAGGAUACUAAGAAUUAAGUUAAUUAUACACCGACAAGCAUAUGCUGGUGAAUUAAUAUAUGUAUUAGCAGGAAUAAUAUAAUAUGUGUAACUAUUGUAUAUACAACAAUAACUCUUCGGAGAGGUGAACAAUAAUAUUCUUAUAUUAAUCUUAAUUGAAUAAUAUUUGUUGGAUCCUAGAAUAAGCUAACUUAUUCUCUUUAAUAGAUGUAGUACUUAUACUACCAUAAUUGCACAUUGUAUGUUUAAGUGGCAAAAACG